ACAUAGAGGGUUCCUUCCAAUGUCACAUGAAAAUCAGCUGUAACACCGGGUAUGAACUCAAAGACUACAAAACUUGCCAAGACAUAGAUGAGUGUACUUUGGGGACACAUAGCUGUGGACCAAACUUUUUGUGCACCAACACACAAGGCUCGUUUUACUGCUCCCAAAAGAGGAGGUGCUCAGGCGAUUUUAUUCAGGACGCCGUCGGCAGCUGUAUCGAGAAUCAGCUUCUUACUGAACACGAGUGCUGUCAGAAUGGGAAGGACUGGGCCCUGGGAGGACACCACUGUACAUACCUCCCCCUCAUCUCCUCCUCCUCCCACAGCUGCAGGAUCACCCAGGAGCAGUGCUGUGCAGCAGUAGUAGGAGACCGACUCUGUGACAAUGGCAUCGAGACAGCCAAGGGGCAAGGGGCCUGUGAGAGGCCCUUCUUCCAAGGAGAAUUCUGGGAAGCCCAAAUCUCUAAGAUGUGCUGUGACUGCUGUAUGCUCGGCCUGAUCACAGCAAGCCGGGGUUCCAGCUGCGAGUUCCAGGGGUUGUUUCUGUUUAACAUGUGUUCGUACACAGCUAAAGCCUGCUGCGACAAAACCACAAAAGCAGAAAUCGAUCCCAAUACAAAUG